ACAACACCCGUGUUACGAGAAGGCAGUGAGUAGGAUUUCCCUGGUAGUGGAUGUGUACUUGUGGCUAUGUGAGAGCAUUUCAAGAGGGACAGCUAACUCUCUCCACCCUUUGCCUUACCAGGGCAUAAAGCCUUAUUAUUUGAGGUUUUCAAAAGACUGUACUAUGUCAUUACUGUCACUGAACCGAACCAUGUCAUCUGCAUACUUCAAGUGAGUGGGCCUCGGUAGGAAAUCUUUUUCUCUUACAAGUUAAACAUAGGAAACAUUUGGUUUCCUCAAACUUCAUUUUACUGCAUUUAAAUUAUUUAGUUAACUUUUAUACAUGCCUUCGUUAAAUGCCUUAAAUAGUUUUUCGUAUAGAGAUUUUAAAUGUGAUUUUUUUUCUUUUUAUAAAGAGAUAAUGUCUGCUUUAAAAUUAGAAGAUCCCACGGUAGAUGUCGGUGAUAUAGAAAAAUACCGUAUGGCUUUUUUAAUGCAGUUUUUUGUACAACAUAAACGAAGAUUUCGAUUUCCACGUCUUCGCCUACAGGACCUGUAUCAAAAAGUUUUAAAAGAUCCAGAUCCUGUAGCAUUUUGUGAUCUUGCUGCUCGUAUACUUCGGUUUUUAAAUCAUGACGAUCCGGAUAUUUGUAUGGCAACUAUUGAUCAAGCACUUGAUCGUUUCGCAAUCGAUAAGCGUACUUCAUAUAGAAUUAAUAUGCAACGUCAUCGUAACGGGAAAUUGGUGCAUCAGUUGGGACCGGCUGCUAGAGCUGCAUUAUUGGAUAAUUUAAUUGAAUCAGUUUAUGACGAACAGCCGGAUUUCAACUUUACAACAUGUUUCAAUAGUUCCAUAUCUACAAAUAGUGUUGGUGGUGGUGGUGCUGUACGUGGUGGUGCUAAUGGUUCCGGAUCAACUGGUCUUGACCGAAUCGAUGCUCAUGAUUUAUUUGGUUCUGGAGAUUUAGGGUCGAGUGAUGGAUGUAAUGUUUUCGCUGAAACAGAAGAUGUCAAUGUACUUAUUAAAGCUGGCCAGGAUGCUCAAGGAUGUAGUUACUAUUAUAUGGAUGAUUUACGUCUUUAUCGUGAACGUCCUCAAAAUGGUAUCUCAUCACAAUGGGAUGUUGUUGUUGGUCCAACAGCUGAUCAAUGGUUAACAUUUAUUAUGUCAUUAAGUCGUAAUGAAAAGGAAUAUGAUUUAUAUUGUUUUUUAAAACAAGAUUUGUUUGAAUUAGUUAAAGAAAGUUUAGAUGCAUUAGAAUUGCACACACCAAAUAGUGAAUUGGAUUCAAAUUAUUUACGUACAAAAGAAUUGAAUGAAUUAACUGAAUUGAAACGACGUCAACUAGGUGUAAAUCAUAAAUCAUUAGUUGAACAUGAUAAAUUAUCAUUGAAUAGUAAUAAUCAUCAUCAUAAUGCAGUGAAUCAUCUUAGUGUAAAUGGUCCAAAAAGUGCAUCACCUGCAUUUUCCGGUGGUCAUGGUAUCAGUGGAAUUGGAAGUUCCGGUAGUUCCACAUCUGGUGCACCACUUACACCUAGUUCAGCUCGUACACCAACAUCUGCACCACCUGCAUCAAGCAUACAACAACAAUUAUCAUUACCGCCUCCUUCUUCAGAUUGUUUAGAAACUUUACAAACAUCAGUGAAAACAGAGUCUUCUUCCGGUACAAAUCUAACAAAAAUGCGAUCAUUAUCUGGUCAAUCACCUUGUGAUUCAGAUUUAAUGCAUUUCCCAAAAUCUGAAGUUAAUGCUUCACUUGAAUAUACCAACAUAUCAUCAUCAUCUGGAUCAAUUGUCAGUUGUAAUCAUCAUGAUUCUUUUAUGAAUAAUACCACUCAUUCUGUAACUUCUUCAUCUACAAAUCAAUACAACUUAUCUUCACCAUCACCUGUGGUUGGUACCGCCACAAAAUCUGGGUAUACAUCGUUAACUGGUGGCAGUAUCAAUAACAAUAUAUCGAAUAAUAAUGAAACAAUAAGAAAUUCAGAUGGUGUUGUUGAUCAAUCUAUUGUACCAAUGCAAAAUAAUAGUAGUUCAGUGGUUUGUGAAUCUAUCACAUCAUUGACUGGUACUAACACAAUGUUUACUACAACUUUUGCUGCUAUAUGUACAACGACAACCAUGAGUACUACAUCUAUUACUGCUACUACGACAAAUAAUAAUAGUAAUUAUACUUCCACUGUUAGUGGUAUUCAGUUAUUGCCUUCCUCUCCUAAUAUAUCUAGUAAUACUACUGCUACACCUGGUGUUGUAGUCAGUGAAUCAUUAGCAUCUUGGAGUUCACCCGGUCUUCCUAAUUCCAAUUCAAAUAUGACAUCAUCAUCUCCAUCAUUCCAUCGUGAUCGCAAGUUACCAACAACCAAUGAUACUAUUGCCAUUUCAACACAACCACCAUCAUCUCAAGUACAACAACGAUCAAAUAAUGGAACAAUUGAUGAAAGAAACUAUCGAUCAUAUCCUUCAUCUACUCAACAAAUAUCACAAAAUCAAAUUACUGGAAAUGGCACCUCAAAACAAACAUAUCCCUUUGACUCAUAUAUGACGAUGAAAGGAUCUCCAGUUGAAAUUAUUGAUCCGAUUAAUAUAAAACAAUCCACCAAUUCAUCUUAUUUUCGACAUAUGUGUACAGGACAUCAAGAUAUUAAUUCAUGCAGUGGAUUAGAACAUUCUUCUGUCUUAUCAUCUAAUUCAAAUUCAAAACAAUGUAUUGGUCCAACUACUGCUUUAGUUUCACCGAUAAUUGGUAUUCCAGAUAGUGGUUGUAUGCCUUUAACUCAAGAACAAUGGGAGAAUCGUAAGAGUAAAAUAGCACAAUUAGAAAAAAUUCAUUCAACAUUGAGUAAAAGUAAAAGUGCUUCAACACCAGGUGCUAUAACUGCAGCAACAGCUGGUGCUGUCUUACAACAACGUUUGAUGCGUAAUUCUAUUUCAAUGCAGCCACAACAGCCAUCCCAUCACCAUCAUCAUCACCACCACCAACAGCAGCUGGAACAACAGUCGUUAGGGUUAGGGAAUCCUUCAGCACAACUACCACCUUCCGCUAUUAACAAUUCAUUACAAUAUUCUGAAGCUGUUGGACAACGUCCGGUAGAUUUUGAAAACUAUGGGGUAUUUCGUCAGAGUGGUUUAGUUGGAGGACCAUAUAUUAAUAAUGAGUCAGCUCAACAAGAAUGGGAUAGAUUAUGUUCUGAUUAUCAGCGUGGAAAAAGUGAUCCAUCGAUGAUGCGUUAUUCUGGACCUAGACAGAUGGGAUUUUUUGAUAUGUCCAACUGUCCAGUUCCUCCUCAUGAAGUUAAUCUUUCAUCUCAGUGCCCUGUCCCACCUAUGGCUAGUGGAACUAUGAUGAUGCCUUCAGAACAAGUAAUGAUGACUGACCAACAAACCUGCCAACCUCCGACUUACCAAAGUGGCCCUCCAGUUGUAAUGGUUCCACCAAAUAAUUCAAAUAUAUGUUCUGGAAAUCCUGGUUAUCCGUCCUCUGACUCAUUGACACUACCGACAGAAUCUUGCCGGACACUAGGUCCUAUCGGUGCAGCCGGUCCGGACUCAAUAACUCCCGGUGUAGUCCCAAAUGCUGGGCAAAAACGUCCUUACCAUUCUGCUACAAAUAGUGAUAUUUGGUUAUCACCCAACUCGAUUCCUCUUUCUAUGUCUCCUAUUCAAAAUAACGAAAAUCUUGCUCUCGUUGGUCACAUUGAACCGGGUUCAAUACCAUCUGUUUGUCGUGCUGGUCAAGCAUUAAAUGUUAUUCAAUCUCCUGUUGUUGGUUCUAUUCCUCCUACAUGUGUACCUAUCACUAAUACCAACCAAUCAGUUGGUGGGCGUGGUUCUGGCGUCGCAAAGCCAGGAACAAAAAAACGUAAAGCUGGUGCUGCAUCUGGUAGAUCUAGUGUUAUUACCAAUACUGGUAAUUAUACACAGUCUUUAUCAUCCACACAUCAACAGUCAUCACCUACCAAUCAAAAUGUUCACUGUGUUAAACAACCAAUUCCUAAUUGCGUUACAACUCCGAGUAAAUCAAUGAAUCCUUCCUAUAUUGGAGAUGAGUUACAAAUGAAUCACUUCCCACGUUCUACACCUGGUCAUCCACGUCCUAUGCAUCAGGCACCAACAACAGGUGGUGGUCGAUCACAAUUUCAACCUACUGAUCCUUGUAUGAUGCAUUAUUCAGACGUAAUAUGUGGACCGAAUUCCGGACAAAUUCCAAUUGAACAACAAUCUGGGAAUAUGGAAAUGAUGUUGUUAGUUAAUUCUCGUCAUUCUGGUACACCAAAAAGUAGUGGUGAACCAUUUCCUAGUGGUACUGUCAGUCCAAGUGUAUCCUGUUCCAUCUCAAAUCUUGGAAGUCGUACAGGUUUGAAUUGCAAUACAAAUUAUGGUCCAAUUGGUAAUUAUGCGAACAGUACUAAUACGAAUAAACCAAUGAAUCAUCCAUAUUUCAAUUCAUCCGAUAUGAUGGGACCAAAUCCAGAUUCUAUUACUAUGAGGACAACUCCUAGUAGUACUCCAUGCACACAGCAUUUAACUUCUGCUAGUUUAGCUAGUUUAGCACGAUUAUCUCAAAUGUCUGGACCUGAAGGUCCGUACAUUCCAUCGUGUUCAGCCUCAUUUUAUAAUCCAACCAUUGGGAAUAGUCUUGGAUCAAUGCCUGGUCAUACUGUUCACUCAAAUCGUAGUGGAUCUUUACCUUCCUUUCAUCUAGACGGAAGUCCCGUUAUACCAACGCCACCUCAAGGAGCACAUCAUAUUAUAUCUCAAGGUGCACGCAAUCAUAACUCAAGUCCUGGAAAUUGCGGCUCGAAAUCACAUUUAUGCAAUCCUAACCAAUCAUUAUCAUCGAAUAUGACUCCUAAUAAUUGCUAUCCCCAUACAAAUCCACAGCUUCAACCAACGUUACAACAACCACCACAAAAUCCUAUGGGCACUGUCACUAAUUGUGGUUCUUCACUUCCUUCUCCAGUCCCCAAUUUACCAACACCAUCUCAGCAACAGCCUCCUUCGAUUCAAGUGAAUAAUACAUUUUUUAAUGCACAAUUAAAUGUACAACAAAUGAAUUAUCAACAUGUUAGUGCACCUGGAUCAACUGGUCAAAUGCAAAUACAUUUUGCACAACAACAACCAUCAACAACACAACAUCCAAUUCCACCACCAUCAUCAUCUCAUGAACAUUUACGUUCAGUUCGACAAUCAGAUAACAAUAAUAAUAAUAAUAAUAGUAGUACAAUUCGUAUGACAAAUUCAUCAAAUGAAUAUAAUUCAAACAAUCAUCCAUUGUUAUACAAUACUGAUGGAGUUAAUCAUCAUUCUCAUCAUCAACGUAUUGUUGAUUGUCCGUCAAAAUCUGAAAUUCCUGCAGUUAUUCCGUCUAGUUCAGUAAUUACUUCAUCUGUUGUUUGUACACCUUUAGGAUCUUCAGUUGUUGGUGGAGGUAAUGGUGGUUAUGGUAAUGCAAGUAUUCAAAUUACUCCUAGAACACCACAUACAAUUCAAUAUCUUCCAACUGUUGCUCCUCAAGUUUCUAACAAUCAAGGACCUUCAGGUAUAUUACCUGGGCCAAAUCAAAUGCAAAGGUCUAAUUCUGUACGUGGUUAUCAAUAUAUGCCAUCUGAUAUAGAUAGCAAUAAUAAUAACACCUCACAUGUUACAGAUAACUCUAUUCGUCAUCCUACCUUUCAGUCAAAUCAUCAAUCCUAUGCUACUAAUCAAAAUAUUCCUGGACAAUUUUAUAAUUCAAAUCAACACCAUUAUUCAUCAUCCUCACAAUCGGUUAUUCCACAAAAUUAUCCACCUAGUCUUCAAGGUCAAAGUAAGCAUUCUCAAAUUACUGGUCAAUUUACUGCUGGGGUAAGGCAUAAUGUUAAUAACAGUAAUAACAACAAUAAUAAUAAUAAUUCAACAUUUGGAUGGAGUGAUACAAGUUUCGAGUCAAAUCCAUUAGGUUCAAAUUCAUUGACAGGAUCGUCAACUAACGAAACCAGUUUAAAUAGUUUUAAAUCUUCAAAUUGUAAUCAUCAAAGUCAACCCAUUGAUAAUCGUUUGGGUAGAAAUAUUAAUCACUCAGUAUUACGUGAUGCUCAAAUGAAUUAUUCAGCUUGUAGCAAUAAUAAUAGUAAUAAUAACAGUGAUACAUUAUCAACAUCUAUGUCUACCAAGAUGGAUCCAUCCACUGAUAUCAUAUCUCAUCAAAUGUUCGCAAAUUCAUCCGAUAUGCCAUCAGUACAACAACGUGUUCAUGUGAAUCAGCACUCACAACAAUAUCUCCGUCAAUCGACUGUCAACGAUGGUGCUAAACCUCAAUCCUACUCCUCAUCAUCUACACAACAACCACAACAUCAUCAAGCAAGUCAAAUUCAUCAACAGUAUUAUCAUCAUCAUCAACAACAAAAUCAUCAAAUGAUGAUGUCUUCAUCGUCCAUGUGUGAUUAUUCUGGUAGUAAUAAUAGUAAUAAUAGUGAUUGGAGUUCUACGAAUCAAGUACAGUUUUUAAUGUCGAAUUCUACGGUGAAUUCUACAAUGUAUAGUAGUCAUAGUACUAAUAUUGUAGAUAAUAUAUCUGUUAGUGGUGCUGUUGGUAGUAUGAUGGAAAAUUCUACAAAUAUAGGACAUACUACUAAUGCUAAUAGUAAUAGUAGUAGCGCAACACCUACUUCUAAUAAUAGUAAUCAUAAACGUCCAUCAAUGGUAAAUCCUAUGAAUGGAGAGAUGAAACAUAAUAUUUCAUUGAAUUCCCAUUCGCAACAUCAUGCCUUACCGCCUCAUCCACAGCAAUCUCAACAAAUGAUGAUGGUCAACAAUAAUAAUAAUAACGCAUCAACAAAUGCAAGUCGAGAAAUGUAUUCCAGUCAAAUGCAUAAUACUAAUAAUGGUAAUAAUGCUAACUUUUCAAUAAACGCAUUACCACCGGUUACUGGUGGUGGUCAUCCAUCGGAUACAUCAUUAGGAACAAUUGGUAUGGUGGAUAAUACAAAUAAUGUUAAUAAUAAUAAUGGAAAUAGAAGUAUACUCAGACAAUCACAAGAUCCUUAUGAUAAUUCAUUACCUAUAUCUUCUAUGUCAUCAUCAUCAACAUCUUCAGCACAGCCUUAUUCAUCAUCAGUUGUUUGA